AGAUAAUUCCCCUGUCGAUAUAUCAAGUAGAUCUAGAUGCCGAGGUAUCUAGAAUCGGCGUCAGCGGCGCCGACUUGCCGUAAGCAUCCCCACAAUCAUGAUACUAAUUCGAUAGAAUCCCACUGCAACCUGCAAUUUUAUAUCAAGUUAUAAAGCGACGACGUUAUGUAAUUUCCGUGUAUGGGGUAUAACCCAAUAUUUAGUUGAGGAUACGGAAGGUAUAUUAAAUGAUCAUCCGACCGUCCGAAGCGGGCAGUCCCGUAAACGGGACGGGAAACAUGAAUCAUGCACAUUCCUAAACCUCGAGCUGAAAUAUAUACAUAGCCCAACGACAAGGAUUUCGUAAGAUAGUACGUCACACUUUAUCUACAGACUAAUUCAUUCGUCGCCAGUUUAUACAUAUAUGAAGCCUACCCAGCUACCUUGAAUUAGCUUUCUGUUAGAAUAUUUUCAAAAUGGGAAAAUUAACCAUUAUCAAGCAUGUUCGCGUCUUUGACGGCCAGGCUGUCGUCGGGCCUAAGACCGUGGUUAUCGAUGGAUCGGAUAUCGGUGAGAAUGAGUUAGCCGAUGAUGCGGAUCCGUCUGCGGUUGUUGUUAUCGACGGCACCGGCUGCACACUGCUUCCCGGGCUCAUCGACUGCCAUGUGCACAUCCGCGACGAAGCCCAACUGGCUGAAUGUGCAUCCUUCGGGGUCACGACCGUCUGCGAUAUGGCAUGCAUGCCGAUAGAUAAAUAUCAUAAGCUCCGAGCCGCAUCGGUCCUAGGACCAACAACGUGGUUGAGCUCGAGUCUUCCUGCGUAUGAGGAAAAUUCUAGACAUGGUCGGUUAUUCAAACUUGGUGGUUUUGGCCCGGAAUACGCAGUCCAUGACACCGAUGAAGCUGCGAAAUUCGUACAAAACCGGGUCGACGAAGGAGUCGAUUAUAUCAAGAUCGUUGCAGAUCACCCAGGCCACGAGCAAGCUGUAUUAGACAAGAUUCAAGUGGAGGCGAAGAAGCACGGGAAGAUGACGGUCGCUCACACAGCGCACUACGCCGCAUUUGAACGUGGUUUGCGAGCGGGCUUCGAUAUCCUAACCCACGUGCCUAUGGAUCGAGCCCUUGACAAUAAUGUGGUUAGCCAGAUGACUAGCCAAAAGACGGUCGCGGUGCCAACGCUAUCGAUGAUGGAAGGCAUGGCCAAUAGCUGGGUCCUGUGGGGACUUAGUUGGAUCCUGCCAUCAUUCAGGCGCAAAACCGACUUCCAAAAUGCGCUAGAUAGCGUGGCAGCGAUGCGGAAUGCGGGCGUACCUAUCGCUGCGGGUACCGACACGAACAACAGCGGCAUCUUUACGGUCGUGGCUGGAAAGUCCCUUCAUCACGAACUAGAAUUGAUGGUACGAGCCGGGCUAACACCUAUCGAGGCUUUGAGAGCGGCUACGUCCUCAGCUGCGCAACACUUCAAUCUCCGAGACAGAGGUAGAAUUUCGCCGGGACUGAGGGCUGAUAUAGUCCUUGUGGACGGUAAGCCAGACAAGGAUAUCACAGCCACUCAGCGAAUAUCGAAAAUUUGGAGUGGCGGCGAGGAAGUUCCGAUAUCUUCUGCCCUAGGACCUAACUCCAAUUUAGGCAGCUGUGCGGUUAUGUGAUUCUUCAGCUGUCUUGGGAAUUCAAUUGACGAUUGGAGCUCAGGACCCCGUAUAACGUAGCAAUCUGCAAGGGUCCAAAAUCUGGUGUUGGAGGCGCAGGAGAGGUUCCCGUUGGUUAGAUCCAGAAGCUUGAUUUCGCUUGGCAACCAACCAUUUCUUCAAGAUGGUCUGUGAUCUAGAACCGCCCAGGAUCACGGAAG